CUCGCACGUUGUCUUCCUCCUUCCCAUCCGGACGUGCGAGCGAACCCGGCAUGCCUUGGUUGCUCUCAGCAUCUAAACUGGUUCCCGCCAAAGCAGGUGCCCGCGGCCUCUCAGGAUGCUGGUCCUGUUUCCAGCGAAGAUACUCCCUCCAGCCCAUCCCAGAGAGGAGAAUCCCAAACCGCUACUUAGGCCAGCCCAGCCCUUUCACACACCCGCAUCUCCUCAGACCAGGGGAGGUGACGCCAGGACUUUCCCAGGUGGAAUAUGCACUCCGCAGACACAAAUUAAUGUCCCUGAUCCACCAGGAGACACAGGGGCAGAGUGGGACAGACCACACCGUGGUUCUGCUGUCUAACCCUACGUACUACAUGAGCAAUGACAUCCCCUACACCUUCCAUCAAGACAACAAUUUCUUGUACCUGUGCGGAUUCCAAGAGCCUGAUAGCAUUCUGGUCCUUCAGAGCCUCCCUGGCAAGCAGUUACCAGCACACAAGGCCGUGCUUUUUGUGCCUCGGAGAGACCCCAGUCGAGAACUUUGGGAUGGCCCACGGUCUGGAGCUGAUGGGGCAAUCGCUCUGACGGGCGUGGACGAAGCCUACACCCUGGAAGAGUUUCAGCAUCUGAUCCCGAGACUGAAAGCCGAGGCGACUACGGUGUGGUAUGACUGGAUGAGACCGAGUCACGCGCAGCUUCACUCUGGCUACAUGCAGCAUCUGACUGAGGCCAAGGCCAAGAGCAGGAACAAGGUCCGGGCUGUCCAGCAGCUGAUACAGCGCCUCCGGCUCAUCAAAUCUCCUGCAGAAAUCGAGCUAAUGCAGAUUGCUGGCAAGCUGACAUCAGAGGCUUUCAUAGAGACCAUGUCUGCCAGCAAGGCCCCCGUGGGAGAAGGCUUCCUGUACGCCAAGUUCGAGUUUGAGUGCCGGGCCCGAGGCGCAGACAUCCUGGCCUACCCGCCCGUGGUUGCUGGAGGGAACCGCUCGAACACUCUGCACUAUGUGAAGAACAACCAACUGAUCAAGGAUGGCGAGAUGGUGCUGCUGGAUGGCGGCUGUGAGUCCUCGUGCUACGUGAGUGACAUCACCCGCACCUGGCCUGUCAAUGGCAGGUUCACAGCAGCCCAGGCAGAGCUCUACGAAGCCGUGCUCGAGGUCCAGAGGGACUGUCUGACUCUCUGCUCUCCCGGGACAAGCCUGGAGAACGUCUACUCCAUGAUGCUGACCCUGAUCGGACAGAAGCUCCGAGAGCUGGGCGUCCUGAAGGACACGCAGGACGGCGGCGCCUUCAAGGCGGCUCGCAGAUACUGCCCUCACCAUGUGGGCCACUACCUCGGGAUGGAUGUCCAUGACACGCCGGACAUUCCCCGGUCUCUGCCACUACAGCCCGGCAUGGUGGUCACCGUGGAGCCAGGCAUUUAUAUUCCGGAAGAUGACAGAGAUGCCCCAGAGAAAUUCCGUGGCCUGGGUGUACGGAUUGAGGACGACGUCGUGGUGACUGAGGACUCGCCUCUCAUCCUUUCUGCGGACUGUCCCAAGGAGCUGAACGACAUCGAGCAGAUCUGCGGCAGGGCCUCUUGACCCUCACCGCAACUCACGUGCGCCUCAGGGUCGAGAGAGGCGCACGCCGUCAUCCCUGCCCAUGUGCUUGCCGUGUGUCCGUGGACGUAUGUGUUCUGCUCGGGAGUGGGAUGUCUGUAUGAAAGCAUGCAGGCAUGUAUAUGGUCCUUAUUUUCAAUUGGUUGAAAUCUGGGAAAUUGGUUUUUAAACUGUUAUAAAACUAUAUACUAUCAUUAAUUCUGAAGAAUUAAUGAUCCAGGCAAGUUUAAAUUUCAGAUGUAAAGAAAGAUGUUACUUAACUAAUGUCCAUGCAUUGCAGGUGACACAUUUUAAGUGAACAGAAAAGUAUCUCCUCUCCAGGUCCUUAGUUUCUGCUUUUGCUUAAAUUUAUAAGAUUUGUGGGACCGGAGCGAUAGUACAGUGGGUAGGGUGUUUGCCUUGCACGCGGCUGACUGAGUUCAAUCCCCGGCAACCCAUAUGGUUCCCCAAGCACCGCCAGGAGUAAUCCCUGAGUGCAGAGCCAGGAGUAACCCCUGAGGAUCACUGGGUGUGGCCGAAAAAGAAAAAAAAAUUAGUAAGAUUUGUGUGAUGCAGUCUGGAGAGAUAGUCCUCAGAGAGGGCACUUAGCUGUCCCCCAUCUCCAGUACCACAUAUGGACCCCAGAGUACUUCCAGAUGUGGUCCCUGAGCAGAGUCAGGGAUGCCCCCUGAGCACCACAGUGUAUGGCUCAAGUUCUCACAGAAAGAGAAAUUUUGUUAUUGAGGAAACCUCUUUAUAAUUUUUAAGUCACUUGCCUUGCAUGUGACAGACCCAGGUUUAAGCCCUGGCACACCACAGUAGGGUCCCUUGGCACUGCCAGGAAUGACCCUGAAUACACAGUCAGAAGUGAGCCCUAAACACCGCCAACUAUGGCUCAAAACCUCCCACUAUACCCCUCACCAAAAAAAGAAAAGAUUUCAUAUAUUCACGUCUUUUUUUUUUUUUUAAUAUUUUGGGGCACACAUAGUGAUGCUCUGGGACUGCUCCUGGCUAGUGCUCAUGGGACUAUGUAGUGCUGAGAAUCAAACCCAGGCCUCUGUGCAGAGAUCUCUCUGACCCUUUACAUCUCUCUAAACCUGUUUAUGAGCCCGACAUGUAUAAAACGUAUUGAUUGUUGGUACCUAAAGAAGAGGUUUGUGUUCAGGAAACAGUCUAGGACAGAAUUUCUCAGCCAGGAACCACAAGACCCCUUUGAGCCCCAAGCACACGAUUAGGGGGGCCCCAGGAAGGACACAAGGCAGGGGGGCCAUGGUUGGGAGCAGGUCAAGACUGGGCUAGAAGAUGCGCCGGGUUGGCCCUUACAGCAGAGCCAAGAAACUGGCCCAGAGCAGACCAGCAGUGACUGUUGAGAAGGCAGAGAUGCUGUGACAAGCCCAGAGGCUGUACCUGUCGUGCCCAGCAGUGGCGCCCCUGGCACUUGACCUUGCUCGCCUCUGAGUCACUCUGGAGCGGCUGACUGCUGCCAGCCUCGCUCCAGCUUCUGAACCCUGAGGUGUAAGCCCACAGCUGGGGCUUCUUGCUCCCGGGGCCUCUGACACGAUCACCCUCUCGUGGUUCGGGGCCUUUUUUUCUUUAUAGACUGGAAACAAGGACUUCUUUUUCUUCCUCUAAAUCUGACUAAAAUUUUUCUGGUUUUGUUUAGUUUUGGGAGUAACUGGAGGUUACUCCUGGCUCUGUGCUCAGGAAUCACUCCUGACAGGCCUCGGGGGACCAUUUGAGAUGCCGGGGAUCAGACCCAGGUUGGCUGUGCUGGGUGCAAGAGAAGUGUCCUGUUCUGUCACUCCCACCCCUCACCCCUGAAUCUCACUAAAAACUUGGAAAAGUUGAACCCAGGACUUAACGUAUACAAGGCACGUGUCUUACCGCUGAGCCUUCUCCCUGGGCCCAUUAAUCCAUGCAGCGGUGGGGAUCGCACCAGAACCCACCACGCAAAGUUUGUACUUCAGCCCUUUGAGCCACCUCCCCAGCCCCUGAAUCUUAAUCAUAGUACAGACAAGACCCACAUUUUCCUCCCUAAGGAGACCAGAGCAAUAGUGCACUGGGUAAUGCUCUUGCCUUGCACACAGCUGACCCAGGUUCUAUUCCCAGUAUCCCAUAUGGUUCCCCAAGUACUGCAAGGAGUGACUCCUGAGUGCCGAGCCAGGAGGAAUCCCUGAGACUUCUGGAUGCAGCAGCCCACCCUCAUCUCCAGACACACACACACACACACAUUUUCCUCCCCGAGUCUUAAGUGAAAUCAGUAUAUACAUACCAGUCUCUCCUUAAUGAAAAUUAUGAUUUGAGAAAGUUUCUUCAGGUGUUCACAUGAAUUAAAUUAAUGAUUGAAUCACUGUUAGUACCAUCUAGAUGAAGGAUGCAGUGAACCUCUGGCCCGUUUGGCAAAAAAAUGAACCUCACUUCCCAUAAUCAUGCUAUCAUGCUAUCCACAUUAGGAAAGUACUUUUCUGUGGCGACUUGAAAUCCUCAGGGUAGGGGCUGGAGAAAUAGUACAGCGGAUAGGGGGCCUUCCACGCAUCUUGCCAGGGUUUGAUGCCCACCACCUCAUAUGGCCCGGCCAGGAGUGAUCCCUGAACACAGAAAAACAACAAAAACUUUGAGUGUGCCUCAUAAUUUUUGUGAAGGUCAGAAAGAAAAAACUGUCGUGAACAUUGUAUCUUAAUUGAGAUUAAGAUCCAGCCGGUUCAUUAAGCUUCCGGAUGAAGACUAUAAAAUAGAUGAAUUGGGCUUUGUUCUGAUUUUUUUUUUUCCUCCAAAUCAGCACCUUUCUUCCUGUCAGGAGUUGAAGCCGAGCCCAGCUUGUCCUCUAGCUGUGGCCUCGAGUCCUCUGUAACAGUUUUUGCUCGCUGCUACCAUUGGAGCAAUGUGAACCUGGGCCAGACCCUGUCACCUCAUGGCUGUCAUACAGUUGGGGAAGCAUUUGAUGGCUGUGUGCUUCUCUGUGUUGGAAACCUGGAGCCAGUGCGAUAGCACAGCAGGAAGGGCAUUUGUCCUCACACAGCUGACCCAGGUUUGAUCCCCGGCAUCCCAGAUGGUCCCCUGAGCACUGCCAGGAUUCAUGAGUGCAGAGUAAUGCCUGCAGAGCCAGGAGUAAGGCCUGAGCAUCGGCGGGUGUGACCCAAAAAGACAAAAAAGCACCUUGCUUUUCUAAAAAUGUUUUUAUGGAGUCGGAGCAGUAGUACAACUAGUAAGUUACUUGCUUUGCACACGUCUGGCCGAGGUUCAAUCCCUGGAACCACAUAUAAUCCCCCCAGGCCCCGCCAGGUGUGAUCCCUAAGCACAAAGUCAGGAGUAAGCCCUGAGUACCACUGAGUGGAGCAAAAAUACAUAUUUUUAUGAUGUG